CACCCCGUACAGCAUUAAAUACAUGCACUAAACGGUGUCACUUUCCGCCCGGCAAGAUUCGCAACGGAAUAGCUCCGUCUCUCCCUAGUAAGUAUCUAGGUACCUAACCUUAUCAGAGAGAUAACCAUGCUGCCAUGUACUUAGUGUACUUACCUUAGGUACCGGGGGUGGACAGACCCAAAACACCAGCAUUCUCGGUUUCGCUUCUGCGCCCAACUCUUGAUCACACGCGCUUGGGUGCAGAGAACAAAAGGGAAAAAAAGUUCUCUAGCACCCCAGCACAAAAUCACCCCCUGCACUUGAGCCUCAAGUUACUCGGCCGAGCAGGAUGGCCCUCACGAGCCGCAUCUCCCUUCACGGUCCUCCAUCUGAAGACCCCGAGGACUACCUCAGUUCUUCCUUGGGCAUCAUCUUCCCGGAUGACGUGACGAACCAGCACGGCGACGCGGAGCACUCGCUACUCUACACGUCGCCGCAUCUACCCAAGCCCCUGCACAUCGCCCUCGCGGACCCGGACCGGGAGGCCGAUCGCAAGCUCUUUAGCCACUACCUGUGGAACGCGAGUCUGCUGCUUGCCGAGCUCGUUGAGGCCGGCACCCUUGGCUUGCCCCUCGACGUCGGUUUGCGCCGGCUCCAGCCCGCCGCCUUCGAUGUCGCUACCCUUGAGACACUUGAGCUCGGCGCCGGUACCGCGCUGCCUAGCCUAAUGGCUGCUCUGCUCGGGGCUAAGGGCGUGGUCGUAACGGAUUACCCCUCCGAAACUGUCUUAGAUACUCUGCGUAAGAACGUCGUGGCUAAUGCCAAGACCGAGAACUCGCCCGGCAGCUCCCUUGCACCGCUGACAGUCGAGGGUCAUUCAUGGGGUGAGUUGGAUACGCCUUUCGCAGCAGAACAUCGGGGUCGGUUCGACCGUGUCUUCGUAUGCGACUGCUUGUGGAUGCCAUGGCAGCACGCCAACCUGCACAAGUCCAUUGCAUGGUUCCUCAAAGACUCCCCGGACGCCAGAGCCUGGGUUGUUGCUGGGUUUCAUACGGGGCGCGCCAAGAUGCGCGGUUUCUUCGAGGACGACGCCCUUGCGGCUGUCGGACUUGAGGUUGAGAGUAUAUGGGAGCGCGACUGCGACGGCGUUGAGCGCGAGUGGGUUUGGGACCGCGGCCAAGAGGACAUCAGUAUACGGAAGCGGUGGCUAGUCGUCGGUGUACUGCGGCGGAGGGCGUCGACGGUUGAAGGGUAAAAUAUUUCGGACGUCCACUAGGCUCUAGAACCUAGGUCCCUAAGUCGUGAGCUCUUGGUUAUUGGCUCAGGGGCUCUAUACUCUAGAUCUCCGGGAUUCACACGGAUAUACGGUAAGGUGAUGCUGUCCGUCGUUCACCUGGCUAACGCAUAAGGAAUUGCGACCAUGUGACUAUAAGCCCGGUCUAUGUAUAGCAAUGGACAUGGAACUAGGAUCUC